GCACACCUUUUGCCAGGCACUGGGCGUUACACGCCCCGCAUUUGGCACUACACCUGUGUAUCAGGCACACCUGAUUAUGCAAUGCAGGCGUCUAAAAGCCGCUGAGCAGCGAAAGCGGUAACACCCACAGGGCGCUCUGACCCACCCACCGGCGGGCGGCGCCGCGGAUGGGAGGUGGCUGUGCCCCAGGCUUCUGAGUGCUGACCCUCGCCUCCCGCUCCGGGCUCGCUGGAGGGGCGCCCCCAUCCAGUGCAGCCUUGGGGGCCAGGCCCGGGGAGCCGCCGGGCAGCCAUGGCGGAUCCCGAGGCCGCGGCCGAGGACCUGGACGCCCUCAUCGACGACCUGGACUACCUCCCGGGCCACUUCCACCUGGAGAUGCAGCUGAACUUCGAGCCGCGCUCGCCGGCCUCGCUCCGCGCCCGGGACCUGAAGCUGCAGCGGGAGGGACUGCUGCAGGAGCUGGAGCUGGCAGCCGCUCCGCAGCGCCCCGCCGUGCGCCAGCUCCUGGGAGCCUUCGCCUUCUACCUGGAGGAGCUGGACGAGGCCCGCCAGAGCUUCCUCGAGGUGGCCCGCGAGGAUCCGGGUAACCUCAACGCCUGGGCCAAUCUGGCGCACGUGUACGGGCGGCUGGGGCAGGAGGAAGAGGAGGAGGCGUGCGCCGGGCAGCUGGCCGGCCUCAUGGGCCUGGCGGGGGACCGCGGGGCAGCCGAGGACCCCAAGCUUCGCGCCGCGCGCUGCCUGGCGGAGCAGGGCUACGCGCACGGCUUCGACGUGGGCUGCGCCAGCCCAGAGGAGCGAGCGCGCGUGCUGGAGGCUGGCAUCGCGCUCUACGACAAGGCACUGGGCUACGCGCAGCAGAUCCCGAUGGAGGAGAAAAGGUGCUGGUACUUCACCAUGGCAACGCUCUUCAUCAGGUUAGAUGGCAUAUUCCUGGAGCUGGGCAGCGAGGAGCAGAAGAGGCUGCCGGCCUUCAACCGCACGCUGGCCCUGCUGCAGCAGGUCCUCAAGUCCUCGGACCCCCACCCCCGAGCUCUGGCCUGGUGCUACCUGGGGAUGCUGCUGGAGAGGAAGGACACCUUCUCCACCACGCCCAUGGGUAUCCAUGACUGCGGGUUUUCGGGAACUGACCCCCUGGACUGCUUUGGCAAGGCCAUCGAGAUUGCCAAGGACCAACUUCCCAUCCUUAAUCGCCUAGCCAAAAUCUUCCACUUCCUCGGAAAGCAGGAUAUGGCCAUUGGCACCUGCAACAUGGCCCUGGACGUCCUACGAGAUCCAGAGCUCAACUGGCAGGCGUACUGCACAAGGGCCAAGAAACUCCCUGAGUUGCUGUUGAGGAAAAAAACACAGGCUUUAUUGACGACAGUAAGGAAGCCAGGGGUCCUGGCUUGGAGCAUCUUCCCUCAGCUGACUCUUUGUGGGCAGAUCCACAUCAGAGCCUACCUGCAUGACCUGGAGCGAGGCAAGCUGGGGCUUGGGGGCAUGCCUGACAGGAACCACCUGGCCUGCGCCAAGGCCGACCUCGAGGAAGUGGUCAAGGUGUGCCCAGGCCUCAAGACCUACCUGGACAUCGGCCAGGUCUACUACUACAUGGGCGUGGACGCCGUGCAGGAGCUGCUGGCGGUGGACGAGGCGGCGCUGAACCAGGCGCUGGUCUUCCUGGCCAAGGCCGGCGAGUCGGAGCUGGGCGCCACGCUGCCGGAGCUGCAGCUGCUGCGCGGCAAGUGCCUGCGCAUCAAGGGCGAGGAGGCCAACGCGGCGGCUUGCUUCAAGCGCGCCGUGGAGCUGGACGACGCGGGCUGCAGCCACGCCGAGGGCUUCGGCUGCCUGCUCGAGGCGCUGCUGGCGCAGUGGAGCCAGGCGCAGCUCAGCGACGGCGAGGUGGGCCGCGAGGUGGACGUGUGGCUGCGGCGCGCCCAGAACAAGUACCCGGCGGCGCGCCUGCGGCAGGAGCUGCAGCGCGUGUGGCGCGCGCACACGGACGAGGUGCUGGGGCUGGCCCGGGCCUUGGUGGCCCAGGGACGGCCGGCGCUGGUGCGGCUGCUCUUCGAGACCAUGGAGCGCAAGGGCGAGGGUGCGAGCUCCCUGCGGGACCGCCGCGCGUUCUCCUUCUGAGGGUCCCUCCGGCUCCCCUUCCCUCCCCACCGCUCGGAGAUGGUUGCACCUGGUCCAGGCGCUGGAAACCGGCUCUCUGUGCCAUAGGCUGGCGGGUAAGCGGAGCCCAUCAGACUCUUCUGGGAGUUGGAAUGGGGACCUGAGACACAAGGACAGUAGGACGUGUCCACGGAGGCAACAGGGCCUGAUCCAGGAGCGCAAGGGAGGCUGGCGGCAGACGCGAGGGGCCAGUGGGAAACUGCCAAUGGGAAGGCCCAAAUUGUGCAAAUACGCAGAAAAAUAACAUGGUGUCUCCUAAGAGCUACGGAAGAUAAUUGCCUCCAUUUUGGCAGGUGCUCUAGUACCCAGGAGCCUGUUAUUGGAUUCUCGUGAGCCAGGCUCUAACCUUAUAAUAAGGCCCCCUCUACUUAGGUUGACUGGAGUAGGUCUCAGGUCUGGCAGUGGGAGAAGUCGUGGCUAGAGCAGAGGGCACAGAUGCCAGCGCACGGAUAAGGGCGGGAACGCAGUCUACACCUGGCUGCUCAGCGCUCUUUCCUGCCCUCUUCACAGUCUUCCAGCAGGCCACAUUCUUGGCCAACUUGGUCUGAAAGACCCUCAAACUCCCUGAAAUAAGGCCCAUUGGUAGAACCUUCCCUUGACUUCUCUAUUCUUGGGGGAAUGUAAGGGCCCACCCAAGGAAGUGCUGCCUGUGCCCAAUCUCAAACCUUCUACCAGACACUGAAGAAAAUCUUGGAAUUUUACACUCUUGAAAUCGAAGUCAUAGAAUCAUAGAUGUAGAAUUUCAUUAUCAAAGACUCCGGCUUUGAUUGUUAGCAAAUCUGGGAAUCACCAAGCUAGAUUCUUAUGGUCCUACUAACAAGAGCUAAUUUAACCUAAAACUCUAAAAAAACCAAGUUCUUUCCAGACUGCAAGAGUGUUGGUUGUAUGUAAUCACAAUGGCAAGAGCCCCCCGCCCCAACUCCCCAGCCCAUAAUGGUUUGUGACGUAUUUUGCAUUUCCUUCCCCUACUUAAAAAAAAAAAAAAAGUUAUGCUCACUGCUUUACUCAUUUUUCUGACACUCAGACGGUAGCAGAGAUAGGCCAGCACCCCUGCCUUACUUCUCCUGUCCCCAGUGAUAGGUGGAGAACAGACCAAGAAAUGGGGUCCCUAGAGAUCUCUCAUUCUGGGAAGACUGGGAGCCCUGGGAGGGAAGUGGCUUGCUCAGAGUCACAUUCCCUAGCCUCCCCAUCCUCUCCCUCCAACUUACUUACAGCAUUUUUCAAGUUUGAAAAACUACUAAUAAACUGAUAACACUAAAGCAUUAAGUGUUUAUGUGUCACCUGUCACCCAGGGCACUCUGAUAUCCAUUGGCAUAAUGCUGUCAUUCCAGGUGCCUGUGAAAUCUUGAAAGUAAGGCCUCCCGAGGCCUCUGAGUUCCAUCCCAGGGCUCAUGAAGACUUCUUUCCCUCCUUCCUUCCUCUCCAUUGCAGCAGAGUCCGGGAGGUGACUGGACAGCAGGCAGCACACACAGCCUGUCCACUUCUCCCACAUCACUUUUCUGCCUGUGACUGUGACCUGUGACCUUCCCUAGGACAGAUGGUGGUGGUUUAGUCACUCAAUUGUGUUUGAUUCUUGCAACCCCAUGGAUUGUAGUCCACCAGGCUCCUCUGUCCAUGGGAUUUUCCAGGCAAGAAUACUGGAGUGGAUUGCCGUUUCCUUCUCCAGGAGAUCUUCCCAACCCAGGGAUCAAACCUGGGUCUCCUGCAUUACAGGCAUAUUCUUUACCAACUGAGCCACCAGGGAAGACAGGAACCCAUCUCUUUCUUCUCCUACUUCCCAGACAAACAAACUGAAUUCAAGGUGGUUUGCUGGUAAAGCUGGGAAGCUGGUGAGGUUUGUUGCCUCCACCAGGCUUCCCAGUUUGUCUUCUUCCUUGCUUUUCCUGUCCCCAAGGUUAUGCAUUUCUCCCUCCAUUGCCUCCUCCUCCUGCCAAAACUUUUCAAUAAACUUUCUUUCUGAUAAUCUCAUUCACAUUAAUCAUAUAAAUGACUAACAAAUACCCACUAGAACUUUUGUCAGGAGUAUCUGCAUACUAGCCAAAAGUCGAAAGGAGAAAAGAAACCCCACUUCCAGGACUGUCUCCUAUGUACAAGGCACUUCAUACAUGUAAACUCAUUCAGUUCUCUCACCAGUCCUGAAGAGUAGGCAUUGCAAUCAUCAUUUUACAGAUAAGAACACAGAGACACUGAACAAGGUCCCAGAUGAACAUGGGAAGAGCCAGGCUUUGAACCAGACUUACCCCAUUGUAUGCUCCCUCCUGGGACACAGCCCUUCCUGGGAGAUGUGUCACGAGUGGUCUCGAGUUGGGCCUGUGAUCACCAACACAACCUGUCACUACCCUGCUCCCUCCCCACAGUGCACUAGUCUCCCUGCUCACAGACUGCCUUACUUCUGCGUCUCUGUACAUCCUAUUCCUCCACUGACUUUUCUUCCUAUCAUUUUUAUCCCUAGUGCUCAGUUCAAACCUGCCUCUUCCAGGAAUUCUUGCCAAAUCCUCCAGCUGUCAUCCCUCACUCCGUUUUGUGUACACCCUCAGGGCAUUGUGUCUCACUACAUUGCUUACAUUCCUUUAUCCUUGCACCAUAAUGAUCUCACCAUGUCUGCUGUCCCCAUUCGAGGCUGGUUCUUUUCAAUCAGGACCACGUCUGAUUCAGCCCCAUGGCCCUGCAACUUGGCACAUAAGAUAGGCUCAGUUUGGGUUGUUGUACUGAGUAAACUCACAGCAGGGAUGUGGCUACCUCAGUCCCAAACAGGUGACUCCAUCACCGGGUCCACAAGGGCUGAGGGUGGGACCAAGACUGCCCCCUAGGGACCUUUGCAGGCUAGAGCUCAUGAGAAAGCAUGGGCUUGCUUUCCACCUUCUCUCCAGCUUUAGGGGAAAUCCCCCAAUUUGUGGCCAGGAAGCAGAGGCCCAGAUAAGGAAACUGAGGCAAGAGAGCAGGGAGUUGCCCAAGGUCAAACAAUGAAUCAGUGACAGAUACUAACUUGAACCCCCCCCUCCAGACUCUCGGGCCAGUGAUCUCUGCCCUUUGGGCUGCCUCCUAGUCAAGUUUACUUCUGUCAAGUUCAGGAAGACUAUAGGCCUUCGAGUCACUCACUUAACAUUUAUCAAGCACUUGUCAAGCGCCAAGCAUAGCUCCAGGCUCUGGGGGCUAAGUGGAGAGCAGACUAGCUCCUGCCCACGCCUUCAGGGAGCUCACAGUCUGGAGCAUAUAGAGUGGGUCAUACAGGGCCUCGUGGGCCUCAGUGGGGACUGUGGAAGACCCAAUGUGAUGCUCUCGGAGGUGUAAACUGGCAAAGCUGGCUAUCCCACCCUCCACACUGGUCAUGCUCGUUCUGUGUUACUGACCUUUCCCCAGCCCAGUGGGGAGGAGAAGGUGGCUAUCCCUGGGGCCCAGGACCUGGCCUUGGCCACCCCUCUUCAGCAAGCCACUGCAGAGGCCAGGCCUGGCAGGCAUCCGGGAUCACGGCUCUGGCUUGUAGUGGGAGGCUAGUGGGUGGGUGAUCUUUAUUCAAUUACAGCUUCGAGUCCUGUGAAACACCCCUGCCUACUGGGCGGCUGGGAGGACAACUGUCUGUCACAUAGCUGAAGCAGCAGGCACUCCUUGGGGGAGCACUGCAGAGUGAAAGCCUUAAUGACCCCCUAAUCAGAGUAAUGAAGAUGAAUCACACCUUGUGCCGCCUGCCCAUUCCUUCCUCUGUGUCUAGCAGCCAACAUCAGAUGCCAGAAACUCCUGUUUAGUCAGUAUGAGCAAGGCAUGUUUAAGAUCUUGAAAACAGGUGAGACUUUUCAGUUACAGGUUUCUAGAAGCUCAAUAUUAAAAAUAAUCUCAGCCAUCACCUCUUCCAGCCUCUCCAUCUAAAUCAAAACUCCUCUCAAUAGUGAGUGUUCUGAGAGAGUAUCUAAACCACUUGCAUGCCUCUGGUAGACAGGCAGAUCACUACCUCUUGAGGGCAUCAGUCCAUUUUUUUUUUCAGUCCAUUUUUUUAAGUCUUCUGAGUUUGUCUUUCUAUUGCAUUGAAACCUUCUUUUAUGUAAUUUGUAUGUCUUGAUUCAAGUUCACCUUCACCACACAGUGAAAGUGAAAGUCGCUCAGCUGUGUCCAACUCUUUGCAACCCCAUGGACUAUACAGUCCAUGGAAUUCUCUAGGCCAGAAUACUGGAGUGGGUAGCCUAUCCCUUCUCCAGGGGAACUUCCCAACCCAGGGAUCGAACCCAGGUCUCCUGCACUGCAGGCAGAUUCUUUACCAACUGAGCCACAGGGAAGCCCAAGAAUACUGGAGUGGGUAGCCUAUACUUCUCCAGUGGAUCUUCCUGACCCAGGAAUCGAACUGGGAGCAGACGCUAAAAAGCGGUCUGUGACCUUGAACAAGUCACUUUGCUCUUGCCCCCAUUCUCUCUGUAAGGUGUGUGAGGUGUUCAAGGGGUGGGUGGCUGCCUACUCUACCAGCAGCCAGGCACAGCUCCGACCUGCCUCCAGCCGCCAGUGCCCAGCCUGGAGCCGACACACAGCAGUGCCAGCAGUUGAAAGCAGAACAGAACAGGGCUUCUCCCAACCCUAAUCAAGCCCCGAGGGAACACCCUGUGUGGAUGAUGGUGGCUGGAUGCCAAAUGAAGUGAAAUAUCUCCUUUUCUCAGGCUGUUAACUUUUUUUCUUGUUUAAGGAAGGGGAGGAUAAUGACAUUUAGCACUUUACAACUCAGCAGUAAAAUGAGCAGAUGGAAACAGAUCCCCAGCAUCGUGGGCAUGCUUCCAGCAAGAAACCCUCCCUGGCUCUAGCUCUGGCUCCAUGGGGCCGAAGUCACUGGCAAGGUUUGCUGAUGGGGUGAAGGACGCCGCCUGCUCCCCCCGCCCCAGCUCCUCCCACAGGCAGCUCCUCCAGGUUGCACGUUGUUGGUAGUGCUGGCCCCCAGUGCCUGCUUCUUGUCUCUGGUCACUGUGUUCCACCUACUGGAGCACUGUUCCUAUACACCAGGUCUGUCCCGGGUGUGACCUCUCUAGUUUAGAGAUGAGGAGGAGCAGAGGUAGGAGGGACGGGUUCUUAGAGAGCUUGCUCAGUCGCUUCAGUUGUGACCGACUGUUUGUGACCCCGUGGACUGAAGUCCGCCAGGUUCCUCUCUCCACAGAAUUCUCCAGGCAAGAAUACUGGAGUGGGCAGCCAUGCCCUCCUCCAGGGGAUCUUCCUGACCCAGGGAUCAAACCUGCAUCUCCUAUGCUGCAGGAGGAUUCUUUACCAUCUGAGCCACCAGUGGUGAGUAAAAACUACUGCGGAGCUGUGGGAAAGCUCCGGCUGGCCUCUAGGUGGCCACAGAAGAACAAUUUGACCACAGAAGGUUCCCACAGGGAGGUUAAAAAAACAGUUGUCACCUGUGGCUGAUUCAUGUCAAUGUAUGGCAAAAAACCACCACAUUGUUGUAAAGUAAUUAGCCUCCAAUUAUAAUAAAUAAAGUAAUUAAAAAUUUUUUUUAAAAGUUGUCCUUGUCAUCAUCAAAACUAUUAUUUACUGAGAACUCUCCAUUGGCCAGUCCCCAUGGCUCAUAUUUCACACACCUCACCUCAUUUUAACCUUCCCAAGCCCACGAGCUAUGUAUUGGCACUGUCUGCAUUUUACAGAUGAAGAAACUGAGGUUCAGAGAUGUUCAAUAACUUUCCUGAGGUCCCUCAAGGCAGGCAGGCUAAAGAGUACUAAUGAAUGGCUUUUUAACUGUUUUGAGUUUAGAUUACUUUUUCUCUUCUAUCACAUAUGUUGCUCUAUUAACUGCACACUUAAAAAAAUCUGAAUGCACUUUUCAUGUUUGUUUCCAAACUAGUCAAUAGCUCUGUGCUGGGACUUGUUCUAUCUUAGCAUGUAAAUUGUUUCAUUAAAUUGCAGCUCUUCUCUGAGCUUUAUUUGUAAUCCACAAAGUCAAAGAAACAAAUAGAAGAACCCCUACUGUGAUGGAGAGCGAUUGCCUGCAUCAUCUGCCUAGCGCACCUCCCUGCUGAGAAUAGCAUCUCUCCUACCUGGGCUACUAAACCACUCCUUCCCCACUCGGAGUGGUGGCAGAGGGCUGUCAAUCAUAAUACCCCACCCCUGACUGCAAACGUUAACAUGUGACCAAGGUUGGGCCAAUUAGAGUCCUUCCCAGAGAGUUUUCCAUCUGGGUGCAAGGGACAGAAGAUGCUCUCAGUCUGUCUGCUGGAACAGCUAUUAGCAACUGUCCCCAAUAGGAUUACUCAUUUGAAAAGACCCUGAUGAUGGGAGAUUGAAGGCAGGAGGAGAAGAGAACGACAGAGGAUGAGAUGGUUGGAUGGCAUCACUGACUCAAUGGACAUGAGUAUGAGUAAACUCUGGGAGUUAGUGAUGGACAGGGGAGGCCUGGAGUGCUGCGAUUCAUGGGGUCGCAAAGAGUAGGACACGACUGAGUGACUGGACUGAACUGAACUGUGGGCAUCAAAGAUUUGAAAACAGUAUCUUCAACAAGACUGUGUGUUUAUCUUGUGAGGCUAGCUCAUGUAUCACCUCACUGUCCCUUCUCUGCUCACCCACCAGGUACCUGGUAAGGUCAUCCUACUGCAAGCUCCUGACACUCUCCACCUGUCUGGAAGCACUGGGUAGCUGACAGCCCUGGGAGUAGCUUUCAAACAAUGGGGCAUGGAAAUUGCAUAAAUACUCAAGCCUCCUAAGCCGGGGUGGGUGGGGGGAUAGGAUAAUUUGGAGGAAUGUGAGAUUAAGGCCCAGUGGCCCAUAGAAGUAAGAUGUUCAUUUUUUAUCACAACCUGUAUUCAUUUCAAGCUCUUUCUUCUCACUUCCCUACUCUUCUCUCAGUGUUUCCUGAGAUCAUCUCCCAAAUAAACUAGUAAGUACAAGUGAAAGUCGCUCAGUCAUGUCCCACUCUUUGCGACCCCAUGGACUAUACAGUUCAUGGAAUUCUCCAGGCCAGAAUACUGGAGUGGGUAGCCUUUCCCUCCUCCAGGGGAUCUUCCCAACCCGGGGAUUGAACCCAGGUCUCCCACAUUGCAGGCAGAUUCUUUUCCAGCUGAGCCACCAGGGAAGCCCAAGAAUACUGGAGUGGGUAGCCUAUCCCUUCUCCAGUGGAGCUUCCCGACCCAGGAAUCAAACUGGGGUCUCCUGCAUUGCAGGUGGAUUCUUUACCAGCUGAGCUACCAGGGAAGCCCUGCGUGCCCUCAGAUCUUUGACUCGGGAUCUGCUUCUGGGGGGGACAAGCUUUAGAUACCCUUGAAGUCCUCCCUCAUCCCAAGAGGAAGACUCUGCCACCUCCAAGUAUUCACAUGGCACCUUGUUUGUACCUCUAUUAAAUACACCAUGGCCUACCUUGUAGUAUUUAUUAAGUAUAAAAUAGGAAGGAGGAGGGAGAUGGGAAGGUGGUUCAAAAAGGAAGGGACAUAUGUAUACCUCUGGCUGAUUCAUGUUGAUAUUUGGCAGAAACCAACAAAAUUCUG